AUGCACCUCCCAACUACCCUUUCAUGGGUUGCACAAGGCGCCCUUGCCUCCACAACUACCUUGCAGCAAUGGAAUGUUAUAUCCUCCGCCAACGUCGUUGAUGACCCCAUUAGACUCUCCCAAUCCGGCAUCGACACUUCAUCAUGGUAUUCCAUCGGACCCGCAGCCACUCUCAUGAACACACUCAUCAGCAAUCAUGUUUACAACGAUGCCGAUUUGUUUUACUCGACCAACAUGCAAAAGAUAGAUACUGCGCAAUUUCGAAUCCCAUGGUAUUACCGAACUGACAAGGUCGUGAUCGCCGAGAAAACUCACAAUGACUACUACACUUUGAUCACCAAUGGCAUCACUUCAAGAGCGGACAUUUGGGUCAACGGGCAACUUAUUGCAGAUAAAGAGACUCAGGCCGGGUCGUAUGCUGGGAUAGAGUACGAUAUAUCUAACCUCAUUCAGCCCAAUGGUGCGCAAAAUGUAGUCUUGGUGAAAGUGUAUCCGACAGACUACAAUCGAGAUUUUGCCAUCUCCUUCUUGGACUGGAACCCUCCUCCACAAGACAAUGGAACCGGUAUAUGGCGACCGUUUCAGCUGAAGAGGUCAGGCCAGGUUAGACUGAAUACCCCGAGGGUCACUACGCACGCCGCACUCGAUGGAGGUAUCGAUAUCUUUGUGGACGUCAAGAAUAUGGCAAAGGAUAGCGAUGUUGAGGGCGAUGCUGCGUGUACAGUCUUUGACCCUAAUAAACUCGCAAUCUUGAGCGCAACAUCACACUUCAAGCUCACUGGCAGUCAGCAAUCAACCAUAUCGUUCAGGGGGAAAGUAGACAACCCUCAGAUUUGGUGGCCUUACCAAUGGGGCAGUCAGCCGUUAUACAGCAUUCAAUGUACCGCUUCGACCUCUACCAAUCCUGCUUCCGACUCUACACCGCCAACCAACUUCGGUAUCCGCACAGUCACUUCUUCUUUGAACCCACGCUUCAAUGAUACCACGUUCUUCGUCAAUGGCCAUCGAUUCCAAGCCCAGGGCGCGGGCUAUACAUCUGAUGUUUACCUACGAUUUGACCUGGAACAGACCAGGAAACAAUUCCAAUUGGUCAAAGACAUGGGUCUGAACACUAUCCGCUCAGAAGGAAAACAGGAACACCCUGAAUUCUAUGAUCUAGCCGACCAAAUGGGCAUCAUGAUACUCGCUGGCUGGGAAUGCUGCAACAAAUGGGAGGGGUGGACUUACAACGACAUUGGUAGUGGUGAGAAAUGGACCGAUCCCGACUACCCAAUUGCGGCGCGAUCAAUGAAACACGAAGCUGAGAUGAUGCGUCAUCACCCUAGCAUGUUGGGUUUCCUGAUUGGAAGUGACUUUUGGCCGAAUGACAGGGCAACACAGAUCUACCUCGAUGCUCUCAGCGCCGUAAACUGGGAUAUCCCCAUCCUGGCAUCCGCAAUCCAAUGGGGAGCACCGUCUCAACUCAAUAAUAGUGGUUUGAAGAUGCAGGGCCCAUAUGACUGGGAGCCUCCCAACUACUGGUACGAUCCUCAACGUCGAUACGGCAGUGCAGCAGGAUUCGGCUCUGAACUCAGCGCAGGAGCAGGCACGCCUGAGCUUAAUUCUCUAGUGAGAUUCUUGUCACCAUCUGACCUGGAAGAUCUCUGGAGAGAACCAAAGAAAGGUCUCUACCACAUGGCGACAGAGGGUUCAGUCUUUCACACACGCGAACUCUACAACAAUGGUCUUUGGGCACGCUACGGUGCCCCAUCAAGCCUAUCCGACUACGUCCUCAAAGCACAAAUGAUGGACUACGAAGCAACGCGCGCCCAAUUCGAGUCUCUAAUCAGUACCUGGAACGAAGCCCUCGAGAGACCUGCAACAGGCAUGAUAUACUGGAUGCUCAACAACGCCUGGCCCUCUCUCCACUGGAACCUCUUCGACUACUACCUCCGCCCAGCAGGCGCCUACUUCGGCACCAAAGACGCCCUCGGCACUCCCGAAACCCUCACUCUCAACUAUGAAACCCAAGCCGUAUCCCUCGUCAAUCGUCUCCUCGUCCCCAACACUCCCGGAUAUGUCUCUGACCAACGCACCGUAAGCAUGCAAAUUGUAUCACUAAACGGCACGACUAUAGCCAGCCAAACCACCGCUGCAACUACUAAACCGAACUCGGCAAGCGAAGUAGCGAGGCUUCCUCCUUGGCAGAAUGAAACGGCCGACUCCGUUGUUCUAGUCCGCUUGCAGCUUAACAAUGGAAAUAGCACCCUGGCAAAGAAAACAUACUGGCUCUCCCGCGCCCCCGACAUCCUCGACUGGGGCAGGUCGAAUUGGUACUACACGCCCGUAGCCAAAUACGAAGAUUACUCUGCCUUAUCGCGUAUUCCCGCCGCGACCCUUAGCGUCUCCGCCUUGCCUUCUUCCCCUGUGAAUAACGUAUUAGCCCGCUUGGUGCUCAGGAAUACCAGUCCAGUCCCCGCGGUGUUUGUACGACUGAAUGUAAUAGAUGCGGCGGGGAGGGAUGUCGGAUCGCUGCUGUGGAGUAAGAAUUACUUUACGCUUUUGCCUGGCGAAGAGGAGGUGGUGGGGGUUACGGGGGGAGAAGGGGUGGGGGCCUGGGUGCUGGUUGUUGAUGGGAGGAAUGUUGGGGAGAUGAAGGCUACGCUGGGGUAUUGA